AUGAUGAGCUCCAAGCCACCGAACCAGGCCGCAGCUCCAGAGGGCGAUCUUUAUGACCCGCAAGUCGCCCGCGAAACACUCACCAAGUUUGUGGGCCUCUGUGACAAGAUGAUCGCUACAAACGAUUCCGAGAAAAGCCGUGAAGACUCGCUGGAGCUGGCAAAGUGUGUCGACGUGCUGGGCGGCCAGGUGCGAAAGCGCCGUGAAGCCAUCGCUUUGAACAAUCCCACACCAAUGAUUAGCAUGACAAAAGACGAGCAUGCUGAGUUUCUCGACCUUUACAAAGCCCUGAGCACUCGAGUUCCCCACAAUGCCGAGAUCGUUUCUGCUUUCCACGAUCUUCAGGAUGAGCGCCGCGCUUCCCAGUGA